AUGACUUUUGUCAAAGAAGAGAUGGUGCUGGCUGCAAGAAAUCUUUUGACGAACGAGAAUGAGGGAAAGGAAAUCAUUCAGAACAGUAUCAAGUCAACCAAACUGAAGGCAAUGAAGUCAAAGCAAAAUGAAGAGAAGAGUGAAAACAAUCUGUCUUCCUGCGUCAGAAGAGCAAAGAUCGACUUGUGGAAAAGGUCCAACGUCGUCGUCUGUACUGCUGCAAGUGCAGUGAAUGUGGGCAGCCGGUUGAUGAGGGAACUUGAGGGCGUAAUGGAGGAGGACGAGGACGAGGAGGAAUUUCAUCCUCUCGACUUCGUUAUUCUCGAUGAAGCUGCAGCCAUGCUCGAGCCUGACUCCCUCGGAUGUCUUCUGCAUGGGAAAUACCGCAUGCAUCCCUCUAUCGCGGAGGCCGUGAGCCGAGAGUUCUACAGGGGCAAGCUCAAGACUGACUCGGAGACUGCGGUAGUUGUUCUGUCGUUCUACAACGGGCAGAAAUCGAUCAUCAGCAAGAAGCUUCUCAAGAAGAACUUGGGGGAUGUGGAGGUGAUGUCAGUGGACUCCAUGCAAGGAAGGGAGGCUGAGGUCGUCGUCCUGAGCUGCGUUCGCACACUUGCUGGUGGCAGCGUCGGCUUCCUCGCAGACAGGAGGAGGGUCAACGUGGCCAUCUCAAGGGCCAGGCAGAGCCUGGUCGUCAUAGGAGAUGAGCAGGCGUUGAUGCAGAACAAGCUAUGGAAGUCCGUGCUGUCCUAUUACCGCUUCUUCCCUUCCUACCGCCAUUUUCUGGAUGAGUACAGGUCAGCCGUCGUGCCGGGUUGGGGGCAGGCAUGGAAGGAGAGCAGGGAAGCGGAAGAGGCUCGGACGGCACUGGGUGAGUGGGAGCUUGAUGACGGGGGAGAGGGAAAAGACGGGAAGAGCUCUUCUGGGGAAUCAUGCAGCAGCUCCAACGAGGAUGGAGAGGAGGAGGAGAGUGAGGAGGAGGAGAACUUUGUCUCAGCUGAUGCAUGGGAUGAAUGA